CCCUUUCUGCUCUUUGCUGAAGUCGCAGGCGCUCGGUGGAUUCUGCCAGUGCGCAUCUCGGGAUCGCUGCUCUCCUCUUACGGACUGUUGGCACGCCGGGACGUACCUGCAGGCGCGGGGAUAACGGAAAGGAGGAGGAGAGGAGAGCAGCGCGGUUACGAGAGAACGUUUGGUUGAGGAAGUGAAGAGAAGCGGCCGGAAGGGCAGGAGAAGAGGAGCGCACCAUGGCUUCAAAGGAGAGCACAGCGGCUGGCUUCGUCAACGUGAGCAGGGACAUCACAGAGAGCAUCAGGAAGAUGUUGGACAAGCAGGUCAUCAAGUUUGUGCGAGCCAUCAAGCAAGAGACCCGGAGCGGCAAGUCUGAAGACAGAAUUCUGGUCCUGGCAACAUGGAGACUGUAUCUCUUUGCUGUCAAAGUGCCCACCAAGAUGGAGGUCACGUUUAACUUCCUGGAAAUCAGAGCGAUGAACACCUACCCAGAACACCAGGUAAUCAUCGAUACCGACAAGACUACGUACAAUCUGAGACUACAGACCCAGGACCAGGUGGACCAAAUGGUCAGCCACAUCAACUACGCCCUCUCCAGAGUCUUCAACAACUCUAUUUAUGCUCCACCUAUCUGUCGAGCAGAGGAAGAGCUGCCAGAUGGGAGUCACAAGUUCUCACCAAACUCCGAAUCAUCGCCUUUAGAGCCUCCGAAAACCUGUGGUGGAUUUUCUGAGACGUACGCUGCCCUUUGUGACUACAAUGGAAUUGGCUGCAAGGAGGAAGUGCAGUGGGAUGUAGACACAAUCUACCACUCUCAGGACAACAGGGAGUUUAACCUACUGGAUUUCAGCCAUCUGGACAGCAGGGACUUGGCAGUGAUCGUGACAUCCAUUGCUUACAACACCUGGUUCACCAAGCUGUACUGCAAAGACAUGCGCAUAGGGUCGGAGGUGGUGGACCAGGUUCUUCACACUAUCAGCAAGUCCAACAGCUUGGAGGAGCUCACGCUGGAGAACGCCGGACUUAAACCGGAUUUCCCUCAGAAGAUGGCGUCGGCGCUAUCGGAGAACCCAGCCUCUGUGAUUCACUCCCUCAGCCUGGCUCAUAACACGCUAGACAACCAAGGCGUCUCUAACCUGAUCCAACAGGUCUGCCGCCUCAACAAAGGUCUGCGCCUCCUCAACCUCUCCAAGACCUCCCUCUCCUCCAAAGGUGUUGUGUCUUUGUCCCAGGCUCUGUGCUCAAGUGACGACUACUCCAACUCUCUGCUGCAUCUGGAUCUAAGCAAAAACCCAGGAGUUCUGUCCGGAGAGGAUGCCACAAACCUGUACCUGUUUUUGGCCCAGCCCAACUGCCUGGUUCAUUUGGACCUGUCUGGGACCGACUGCACAGUGGACUCGCUGUUUGGGGCUUUGCUGCGGGGGUGCUGUGCUGACCUCUCCUACUUGAAUCUGUCCAAGAACUCCUUCUCUCACAGAAAAGCGAGAGACUCUCUGCCCUCCUUCCGUCAGUUCUUUAGCUCAGCGUUUAGCCUGACCCAAGUCAGCCUGGCCUCCAUGAAGGUCCCCCCUGACUCACUGAGAGCUCUAUUCCUGGGUUUGUCCAACAACCCUCACAUCUCUGAUUUACACCUGGACAUCAGCAGCUGUGAGCUCAGGUCCGCCGGUGCCGCCGUGAUACAGGAGCUGUUUCCUCGGGUUUCCUGCGUCGGGACUUUAGACAUCUCUGAUAAUGGUUUAGAUGCUGACUUGUUGGCCGUCAUCCCAGCGCUCUCCCGACACCCCUCCCUCAAACACCUGAUGUUGGGUAAAAACUUCAACAUCAAGGGCAGGGGGCUGGAGGAAAUUCUGCAGAAACUAGUACAUUUGGUGCAAGAAGAAGAGUGUGCCCUGCAGUCCCUCUCCCUGGCCGACUCCAGGCUUCGUCAGCGGGGCACCGUGCUGGUCAACGCUCUCGGCUCCAAUGCCUGCCUGCGGAAGGUGGACCUGAGCGGCAACCUUCUGGAGGACUCGGGGGCUAAAAUGCUCAGCAAAGCCCUGCAGAUAAACACAACCCUCAGAAGUGUGACGUGGGAUCGCAACAACACCACCGCAACUGGCUUCCAAGAUGUGGCGAGGGCGCUCGAGCACAACUUUACCCUGCAAUAUAUGCCCCUCCCCUUUUGUGACAUCACUCAGGCGUAUCGCAGUGCACCAGAGAAGACGGAGCAGGCCCUGGCCAAGAUCCAGCGUGCACUGCUGAGGAACAAUCAGACUCAGCGUUUCUCUCAGAAGCAGGCUCUCAGGCUGCACCAAGGCCUCGUCACCAGCACCGCCGAGCAGGUGAUGGAGCGUCUGUGUGUGCGGGUGCAGCAGCAGGUUUGUGUUCUGAAAGGCUGCGAGGAUGGGGAGGAGGUCCAGACAGCCAGACAAAUCCUCAAGGAGGCUCGGAACUCGAGAGCUCUGUAUCCGUCUCUGUGCGAGCUGGCCCAUGUCUUAUCGGUGGACGGGCCCGUCAAACAGCGCCUGGACACCCUGGCUGGAGAACUGGCCAAGGCUGCUGACAAGGAACUGCAGGUGGUCGUGGACUCAAUGGUGUCUCUUUGCCGCGAGUUAUGUCCCAUGUCCUGCUCAGCUGCAGAGAGACUCAGCCCGCCUCUCUCGUCCAUCUCAGAGCAAGUUUCUAUUCCUCGCACCACCAUCCGCUGCGCCCUGAUGGAGAGGGCGGCCGAGGACAUCAACAGAGCCUUGGAGGAGGUGAAGCUGUCUGUGGUCUCCUAUCUGACCAACUCCAUAGUGGAUCAGAUCCUACAGGAGCUCUACACCACCCAUAAAACACUGCUGCGGCAGGUGUCUCAGGCAAAGAGAUGGGACGACGUCGGGACAGGCAGACGCACUGUCAGACAGUCGAGACUGGUCGAGCCUCUGGAAUUUCCUGAUGAGGAUUUUGGCGUCAACCUGGGAAUAGACACAAUGGCGAUCAAGAAGCGGAGCUCCAGAACUCGAAGAAUCCGCCCCGUCUCCACCAGACUGAGUUUGGGUGACGAGCCCAGUCCCUCCCCUACACCGUCCGCUCCUUCCCACUCUGUCUCUCUUACCCAUUCGGCAUCAUGGGAAUGCCUUUCCACCCUCCCCACCAACGGCUCACCUUUACAUCAUGUGACCCACGUCAGGCCACGCCCACCUCGGCGACACCGAGCCAUGAAUCUUUCUCCUGAAUCUCAUAGUGCAGAGAAUGGAGCAGUCAGUAUGCUGGAGGAUGGACUGCCUGACUUCUACAGCAAAAGGGUCCUUCCUGACAGUCAGUUGUCAUCCCUCCAUCAGGCCCAGUCACUGAGGAGGAAGAAAAGACGCAGCGUCCUGUCGAUUUUCUCUGGCUUCCGAAAGAAUCGUAACUCCACCUUCUCUGUUCAGGACUCAGAUGGAGCCUCCGAGAACGUCUACUCCAUGAUUCAGCACCCUAAGGAGAUGGGGAGGCCUGAGAGUGCUGUUCCUGGGCCUAACGGGGCCAUGCCUUCACCUCGAUCAACUCAGGGAGCUCUUGUUUAUGGGUUGAGGGCUGCUAGCCCCCCCUGUCCCAUCCAAAGACAGUCCACAGACCUUGUCAGCAUGGUCUACAGCUGUAUCGGAGCAGAAAUCGAGGACUCGGAUAGCAGCAGCACCUGUGACAUCAAAGAGGACAACACCGAUGGCUCAAACGCCAUCUCAGAUGCCCCAACAGAUACCCGGAGUAAUGGCCAUGUGGCGUCCUCCAAACAACAGACGGACAGACAGAUGGAGACAGACAGGCAGGAGAGGGUUGUCCCUCUGAUGGACGCACGGACAGAGACGGCGGAGGACGUACAGAGUACUGGUGCUGGUAGUGUGGGUCCCUGUGGACUGAGACCAGAGCCUCCUCCUCCAAGCAGCAAAUCGGUUCUGGCUGUGAUGAAACAGAGACACCUGCAGGAGAGUUUAGAAGAGACAGGAAGGCUGGAGGGAGAGGACCAGAGUGAAAAAAUGCAAGAGGAAAAGCAAAGAGGGCGCGGACCAAAGGGGCAGCAUCCUCUUAUUCCCAAAAAGCCCAGCAUAGACCUCCAGAGAGACCGCUCUCCAGACAAAACCAAGACUUCGCCCACCACUUCGGCCAGUUCAGAAGACGAACAAACCAGCAACCAGAGGAGUUCGCCUCCCAUCGCUCAGGACAAGCUGCCCAAUGAGGCGAGAAGCCCGGCAGCGCCUGCUACAGAGCCAGCCGAUCCGGUCAUCAUCAGGCAUGGUGAGGACAGAGGACGUAAUGGAUGCCCAGCGUCUCACCACACCAGGAAGUCCAACUCAUUCGACAUAGGCAUGGACCAGGACACCCCCUACGAUCUGGACAGGUCCUCAGAUCGCAGGUUCCCUGUGAAUAAAUCCUGCUUUCCCCAGUACAGAAACAGAUCUCUGGACUACCCAGCUGGGACCGGGUGUUACGAAGGUGGUGACAGAGAUGCAUUAUGACAUCACCUGAGGACAGAGAGGAGACGGAGAGACUGGCACAUGGAGAACUGGACUGAGACAAGCUUUUAAAACUGUGUGGACUCAAAUGAAAAUGAUCCAACUGGAGUUUAUUUUCCUUUUUAAUCCAUUUCUUGCUGAAAACGCAUGUACUGUGUACCAUUACUUUCUUUUCUAGCUGCUUGCACUUAUUCUGGAUAAGAUUUCUCUUAAAGGGAAGUUUCUUAAAACACACACAGUAAUUUUGUGUUUCUAGUAUGCAUAUGAUCUGUUACUUUUACACAUUUGUGAUAAUCAGUUAAAAAUCGGUCACCCCCACCCCCUCUUUUACUGACAAUCUGACCACUAAAAGUGAGUUUGUACUGUAUUUAUUCUGAGUUGUAGAUAAUGAAUAUGAAACUGCAAUAACCAUUGUGGUGAACGCUACUAGUUAAUUUGUGAUAGUAUAUUAUUUGAUAUCUGUGCUUGUGAGUAUGCUUAUUGGUGUAUGCUGACAUUGACUGAGAGACCUUAGUUCCUCCAUCCUUCAAUAGUAUUUACAUUGGCCAGUGGGUUGUUUUAAUCUGAUGAAAAUGAGUAUAUUUUCUAAAGAUGCUUCUAUGAAUCAGAAAAAAUAAAAGUACUUAACAGGAA